AUGAAUAAAAGGUAUAAGCAGAAGGAGAUCAAGCUGCUUUUACAAAAUAAAGUGAGUUUAGCAGGCUUAGUUGAAACAAGAGUUAAAGGCAAUAAUGUGAGAUCAGUUCUUAGAGGAAUAGCACCAGGGUGGAAGGCUCUACACAAUUAUGAAGAUAAUGCUAAUGGUAGAAUAUGGGUGAUUUGGGAUGAUAAUUGGUAUGAAGUAAAGAAGAUUACUAGCUCUACUCAAAUGGUGCACUGCCAGGUGAAUGAAAGAAGUAAGGGAUAUCAGUUUAUCUUGUCUGUAGUGUAUGGACUUAAUACAGCUGAACAGAGAAAGUCUUUGUGGAAAGAAAUGGAAACACUAGCAAAAGGUAUUACACAACCUUGGCUGGUUGUAGGGGAUUUCAAUGCAGUGCUGUAUGCUAAGGAUAGGCUAGCUGGUAUACCUGUUGCUAUUAAUGAGAUAAAAGAUUUUGAAGAAUGUGUGAGAGACAUAGGGGUCAAUGAAUUGCAGUGGACUGGCAGCUACUACACCUGGAAUAACAAGCAAUGUGGAAUGUAUAGAAUCUCCAGUAGAAUAGAUAGAGCAUUUGGCAAUGAUGAAUGGAUGGACAAAUGGGGGCAUGUAAUGGUAGAGUAUGGGAACCCAAGUAUAUCAGACCAUAGCUCUAUGAUGCUAACUCUCCAAAAAACUCAACAGUAUGUGAAAUGUAGCUUCAAAUUUUUCAAUGUUUGGACUGAACAUGAGAGGUUUAUGGAAAUUGUAGAAAAUGCAUGGAAAAAGCAGUAUGGAUAUGAUACAAUGAAGCAGGUGUGGUGCAAAUUGAGGGAUCUUCAAUACAGAUUACAACAGCUGAACAGGAAAGAGUUCAAGUACAUAGGGAAGCAGAUUGAUCAAGCUAGAAGAGAGGUUGCAAAUAUUCAAAAACAGUUAAAUGUACAAGCUACUAAUGAGCUGAUUGUGGGGGAGAAAGAGAUGCUGAUCAAACUUGAAAAAUGGUCUUUAAUGGAAGAAAGUGCUCUGAGACAAAAAUCAAGGAUCAAGUGGAUUCAACUGGGAGAUGCAAACAACAAGUAUUUCAGUUCAAUCAUUAAAGAGAGAACUCAAAAGAAGAAUAUAAGAAGUAUUAUGUCAUUAAAGGGUCAGAUGCUUUAUGAUCCACAGUAA